UCUGGUUAUAAAAAAUAUCUAUGAAAUGAGCUCGACUUUUAAAGCAGAUCCAAGGGUGAGAAAGUUCGGAACACUUUCUUCCACGAUUAAAAAACUGGAGCUUUUCUCUUUCAACAAAAUAUUUAAAUCGAGUUCCCGCAGUUGACCGCCAAGAAAUCCCCACUCAUUUCCUUCUCAUGGGCCGGAGAUGGGCCCAAUUGCCAAAUAUAUCAGAGGAAGCAGAAGGAACUGCAAGACGCGGAAGAAUUUUAAUGGCCGCGCUCGCACUCCUCCUCCUCCUUCCAGUCUCCGGCCAAAGUCGAGAACAGAGCAACACCUCCUCCUUCUCCAUCUCCGAUCCACCAUGGCUUCCCUCGCAGAACAACCGCACCCUCCGCUCUCCCAAUUCGCUUUUCUCCGCUGGCUUCCUUUCCUCUGGCUCUAAUAUCUCCUUGUUUGAAUUCACCGUCUGGGUCGAAGCCUCCGUUGAUAAGACUCGCGUGUGGGCUAUCGGCCCUGUCCCCUCCUCCUCCAGCUUAUUCAUCUCUGACGCCGGCGAUCUCACCCUCGUCGGCCUUUCCGGAAUGAACCUCUUCCCAUCCGGCGCUUCCGGCGCGCCUAAUUCCACAUUCCUCCAACUAAACGACAACGGAUCCCUCACAUUCAGAAAUUGGACUAGCUUCUCCUCCCCGGUUGACACUCUCCUACCCAACCAGUUACUCCCUAUCAACACCUCCCUCUCCUCCGGAGAUUACCGCUUCGACGGAUCAUCGCUCUGGUUCCAUUCCCAGAUGUUCUGGUCAAUCCAGCCGAUCUCCUACAUCAAAUCCGACGGUGGGCUAAUCGCCGACCCAACCAACGGUGCGAAUUCAUACAUCGCCUCUGAUUUCGGUCAAAACAGCACGCUCCGCCGGCUAACAAUCAACGCUGACGGCAAUCUCCGUCUCUAUAGCCUCGAGAGAAACUCCGGCGGGCAUUGGAAGAUUGUCUGGUUCGCAAUGUAUGAGGUCUGUAUGAUCCCGAACAGGUGCGGCCCUAACUCGAUCUGCGUCCCCAAUGGAAGCUACGACACCAACAAAUGCGUAUGCGCACCGGGCUUUCGCAUGUCUACCACCGACGAAGGAUGCGUGCGGAAGAAGGAUUACCUUCCGAGCAGUAAGUUCCUUCCCCUCGAAUACAUCAGCUUCACUGGGAAGCAGGGCACGGUGGAUCUUUCGCCGGCCGAUAUAGAUCGAUGCAGAUUCACCUGUAUUGAGAAUUCCAGUUGCACAGGCUUCAGCUACAUCUUGAACGGAACGCAAAUUUGCUACAACCAUUACGGCGAGCUCGUGAAUGGCUACUGGUCGACGUCCUCGCAUAUCACAAUGUUCCUACGCGUCGCGAUCUCCGAGACCGACACUUCCAAUUUCACGGGAUUGACAUCGAUAAUCGAUACAGCUUGCCCUUUGUUGAUCAGCCUUCCAUUGCCGCCGAAGGAGGUGAAGACGCUGGCGAGAAAUGUCUCCAUCAUCGUGAUGCUCUUAGUACUUGAGCUCCUGGUCGGUGGGCUCUGCUUCUUGGGUUUCCUUCGCAGGUAUUCGAAAUACAGAGACAUGGCGCGGAGAUUGGGGCUCGAGCUCUUACCAGCCGGAGGCCCGAAGCGAUUCUCCUAUUCCGAGCUCCGGGCAGCUACCGCCGAUUUCUCUAAGGUCCUCGGCUCCGGCGGCUACGGCGUGGUCUACCACGGGCAGCUCCCCGACGGCCGCACCGUCGCGGUGAAGCAACUGCGAAAAAGCUCUGGCGGCGACGCCGAGUUCUGGGCGGAGGUAACCAUCAUCGCCCGGAUGCACCACUUAAAUCUCGUUCGAAUUUGGGGAUUCUGCACGGAAAAGGAGAAGCGUCUGCUGGUCUACGAAUACAUCCCUAACGGCUCCCUCGACAAAUUCCUCUUCCAGGAUUUAACAGAGUUCAGCGGUACCGACGAAGAAAGCAGAAGCUAUUCCAGAAUCACCGGAAAGCCGCGGCCAAUUCUGGAUCUCAACAUCCGGUACCGAAUCGCGCUCGGCGUCGCGCGAGCAAUCGCGUACCUUCACGAAGAAUGCCUGGAAUGGGUGCUGCACUGCGACAUCAAACCUGAAAACAUUCUUCUUGACGACAAUUUCUGCCCUAAGGUCUCCGAUUUCGGGCUGUCGAAGCUGACGAACAAGGAGGAGAGGGUGAGUAUGUCGAGGAUAAGGGGGACGCGUGGGUACAUGGCGCCGGAGUGGGUGAUGAACGAGGAGCCCAUCACAGCGAAGGCCGACGUCUACAGCUUCGGGGUGGUGCUGCUCGAGCUGGUGGCCGGAAUGCGGUGUUGGGAUUUCCGGAGAGAUUCGGUGGAUAGCGAGGAUUGGUACUUUCCGAGGUGGGCUUAUGAUAAGGUUUUUGUUGAGAGGAAGGUGGAGGACAUAUUGGAUGCGAGAAUUUUGGGGAGUUUUGACGAUCGGAUAAAGGUGAAGAUGGUGGAGAGGAUGGUGAAGACGGCGAUGUUGUGCAUGCAGGAUAGGGCAGAGGCGAGGCCGUCGAUGGGGAAGGUGGCGAAGAUGCUUGAGGGGUCGGUGGAGCUUAAUGAGCCGGCGAAGCCUAUCAUUUUUUACUUGGAAGGGGGGAUUUAA